GCCAGGCGCGGAGGGGCGGCCGGCCCGCGCGCGCGCACGCACGCACGCAGGCGGGGCGGGGGCAGGCGCGCGGCCGCCUGUCGCGACAGUCGGGGCCGAGGCCCAGGGGGAGGUGGCCUGUCGCGGGUCGCCCGGCUCCCGGAGGCGAGGGGGGCGCGGGCGGAUGGCGGAAGGCGCCCAGCCGCAGCAGCCGCCUCAGCUCGGGCCCGGCGCCGCCGCCCGGGGGAUGAAGCGGGAGUCGGAGCUGGAGCUGCCGGUGCCCGGAGCGGGAGGAGACGGAGCCGAGCCCGGCCUGAGCAAGCGGCCGCGCACCGAGGAGGCGGCGGCCGACGGCGGCGGCGGGAUGCAGAACGAGCCUCUGACCCCAGGUUAUCAUGGAUUCCCAGCACGGGACAGCCAGGGUAACCAGGAGCCAACAACAACUCCUGACGCAAUGGUUCAGCCUUUUACUACCAUCCCGUUUCCACCACCUCCACAGAAUGGAAUUCCCACAGAAUAUGGAGUGCCACACACUCAGGACUAUGCCGGCCAGACCAGUGAGCAUAACCUGACGCUCUACGGAAGUACGCAGGCCCACGGGGAGCAGAGCAGCAGCUCACCCAGCGCGCAAAAUGGCUCUCUCACGCAGACAGAAGGGGGAGCACAGACAGACGGCCAGCAAUCACAGACACAAAGUAGUGAAAAUUCAGAGAGUAAAUCUACACCCAAACGACUCCAUGUCUCUAAUAUUCCUUUCCGCUUCCGGGACCCGGACCUCCGGCAGAUGUUUGGGCAGUUUGGCAAAAUCCUAGAUGUAGAAAUAAUCUUUAAUGAACGCGGCUCUAAGGGAUUCGGGUUCGUAACUUUCGAGAAUAGUGCUGAUGCAGACAGGGCCAGGGAGAAAUUACACGGCACCGUGGUAGAGGGCCGUAAAAUCGAGGUGAAUAAUGCUACAGCACGUGUCAUGACCAAUAAGAAGAUGGUCACACCAUAUGCAAAUGGUUGGAAAUUAAGCCCAGUAGUUGGAGCUGUGUAUGGCCCCGAGUUAUAUGCAGCAUCCAGCUUUCAAGCAGAUGUGUCCCUAGGCAAUGAUGCGGCGGUGCCCCUAUCAGGAAGAGGGGGUAUUAACACUUACAUUCCUCUAAUCAGUCUCCCUUUAGUUCCUGGCUUCCCGUACCCAGCUGCAGCCACCACGGCGGCCGCUUUCAGAGGAGCCCAUCUGAGGGGCAGAGGGCGGACAGUGUAUGGCGCGGUCCGAGCGGUACCUCCAGCAGCCAUUCCUGCCUACCCAGGUGUGGUUUACCAGGACGGAUUUUACGGUGCUGACCUCUAUAUAGAAUCUGCAAACUGCUUCAGAUCAAACAGGGUGGAUAUGCAGCCUACAGAUAUGCACAGCCUGCCACUGCGACCGCGGCCACAGCUGCUGCAGCCGCUGCAGCCGCUUACAGCGACGGUUAUGGCAGGGUGUACACAGCCGACCCCUACCAUGCCCUUGCCCCUGCCGCUAGCUAUGGAGUUGGCGCUGUGGCGAGUUUAUACCGAGGUGGCUACAGCCGAUUUGCCCCCUACUGAAGUGACGUGAGACCCUGCAAAUGGGACAGCCCCCCAGUUCAUGAGGCCUGGCUAUUGCAAUAUUUACUAGUAGAGGAACUCUAUAGCAAGAUGAAGAGGAAAAACAAACAAACAAAAAAAACACAAAAAAAGAGAGUACUUUUUUAUACCUCACUAUGUUCUUUGAAUAUGUAUUUUUCCUUUAAAUUUCUGCCUUUAAUUCUUUUGUUCCAAAGAUUGUGCAUUUUUUUCUUUUUUUUUUCUUUUUUUUAACUGUGGUAAAAAAAAAAAAAUAAUGCAUUUCCAUGUCUGUAUGUCCGUGCUUAGCUUAUUCUGUCAGUCACGGAAGAGGUGGUUACUGAGGAAGAAGAGAGAUUAGGAGCCGAUAAAUGCAUCUGAUCAGAAAUCAGCAGACAGAAUACCCAAAGUCUGUCUAGUGCUGAAUGGCUGGGGGACAAGCAGAAGUGCAAGAGAUCUUUCUGCAACAGGACGUUCUUCUAGUCUCCUGAGUUUCUGGUCUGUGGCAGGCAGUUCUGCUUGGCUGUGGCUGGAAUCCACAUGCUGAUAGAUGAUAGGAAUUUGUGCUUGCACAGCAGGAGGAUUAAAAAGACACUUUUCCUCUUCUCUGCCCUCCUGUCUUCUCCAUUCUUUUUACAAUCAUCUUACAUGCACAGCCUGAGACAGUUGGCAUAGUUUUUGGAAUUAUAGUAUUAAUAUUUCCAAACGUGCUCUCAGACUGUGGGUGAUAAACACCUCAUUAGGAAACCAAUCUCAGAAUGAACUCUGGAGUAUGCAAAAGAUCAUUCCUUUCUUUCCUGUAAUCCUGGCAUUCCUGCUGGGCUUCUUCCCCUUUGAUUGAACAGCAGCAUAGCUCAUCUAUCCUUUUAUUAACACCCUGUCCCCAUGUCCUUAAGAUUCAGGAAUUUAGGACCCAGGGACAAAGGAAUAAAUUGCCAGCAGCCAGAUUUCCCCCAGGUGUUUGGGCAUAGCUUGAGGAUUAGAAGAGCCAAUAGAAGAGAGCAAGGAAGAGAAAAGGGAUAUUAGAUGAUGUCGGGCAAGGCACUCUGAUAUUCCUUAUCUUUCUCUUGCAUCAAAAGUCAGUACAAAGUAUAAAACAUAUACUAAAGACUCUGUUGACAAAAGAUGAAGCGCCGAGUCCUAGAUCAGCUGUCCCUGGAAGUUCUGGUGAUGAGGGCAUGAGAGGUGAGGCUAAGGCACUUUGUACUAGCUCCAAAGCCAUAGGAAUCUUCAUCCUCCAGAGCCUUUAGAAAUCACUUGUCUGUCCACAGUCUUGAGCCCUCAUGGCCAUUCCACCCAGCUUCUCAUUCUUCUCCAAAGACACCCAGCUGAGCACCUCGACCGCUUGGUAUACAUGAACACUACAGGACGUGAAACACAGCCCCUGAGGUUGCUCCCCUCCUCUAUUGGAAGGAGGGUCUGACAUGGCGAGGAUCUUACAUGUUGCCAGAAAGAAGAGUCACAUGGUGGCCACAGCAGUGAGUCCCUGCUACUGCUCCCUGGCUUCAAUUUCAUGUAUAUUACUGCGCUAGGGGAGAAAGUGUUUCUCUUCUAGCCAUUAGCUAUUAAUGAUAAGGGCAAGGGUCCUGCAGCAUUUCCAAAAUGAAGGCAUUAGGAAAUAGAGAAGCACGGUCUGUUUGGCUCCCUGGUCUAUUCACAUUGGUACUGGGUGACCUUUCACCCAAGGAUAGCUGCUAAAGGGAGUAAUUCAGAGACAUGGAGCUUCUGGUUGGUUAUGGGUUUGUUUUUGCUUUGUUUUUUUUACUCCUGCCUCCACACAUGUUCUUGACUGAUAACUGAUUCAUGUCCCUGAAUUAAAAUGACUGACAUAUGACAGCAUCAAGCUUUCUUUGUAAGCAGACUGAUAUAUCGGGGAGGGACUGGCCUGUCUUCUCCCCCUUCAGAAUGCUCUGUCUCCUAAUAGCUGGGAGAGAGGCUGUCCUUGAAGCUAGGUGAGACAUCAAGAAAGCUGGAGGCCUCGAUGCAAUUCUUACUGAUUCUGGGAAGCAGUACGUAGAAUAGGGGACACCAGACUGCCCGGUCCACUGGCCAUUUUUUAAGGGUUCCCCUCCCCAAGCCAAAGUUUGGUUUGUUGCUGUUAAGACAAUUUUUGUUGUAUGUAUAUAAAUAUUUUAGUUAGAGGAACGGGGAGUGGGCUGUGGCACUUUCGCAGUUCUAGGGAAUGGGGGCAAGGAGGGUAUUUUUCUUUCUUUUGCUUUUGUUUGGAGGGAGAGCUUUUGCUGACUAAAGAAACAGAAAUUUCAUGUCAUGUUUAAAUAGAGGCCAUUCUCACAAAACGACAAGCCACCACUCAGUGGUGACAAGGCCAAAUUCUAAAUGGUUGUAUUCAUAGCAGGGGAAGAGAAUAGGGCAAUGAGUUUAAGAAUUUUCUCUUCUUUUUUCCAGAAAGAGAUAAGGAUGAUGGGAAAGGAGAGAAGGCAGUUCCCACAGCCCUUUUCAAAGAGGCCGGAGCAUGAGCUCGAGGUCGCUCUUGUGCGUUUCAGUUCAGCUGGCUCUGGCUGAGGCCUCCACGGGCAAGCUGUGCUUCCAGUGGGCUCGGCUGCAUUUCCAGGGAUGGUUCUAAUCACACUGCUUCCUCUAGCGCCCCUUUCUGAGAAAGACAAAGUAGAGUUCUGCUUUUGUUAAAGGGCCUUUGGUUCUUGGUGUCAUCACUAUCGGGCUCCCCAUCAGCUCUUGAGCUUUGAGACUCCAGGCAGUCAUCUUCAUCAGAGGCAGGUGUCUCCAAGCAUCCGUGCUUCUAUAUUCCUGACUUUAGUUCCCCUUGGACUAAACAGAGGCAGAAGAGAGUUUGGCACCUUGUGAGUUCGAUAGAGGAUGCUGGUUGAUAAUUCCAGAAAACUUAGUAAUGCUGAAUCGCAGUGCGUGGAUGACUCGAGACAGCUUUGCAGCGUAGCGUGACACGGACUUUCUGUAGUAAGCGUCUUACUCUUAGAAGCUGGGCUCCUUUAAGGAGACCUCUAGUGAACACUUUUAUCUAAAUACCCCUCAUUCGGCCCAGAGAUCUGCCCAUAGGUCUUUUCCAGAACUCCCUGUGUUACAUAGUUCAGCUUCUGUUAACCCAGAUCAGCCAUUGUGAUUCAUCGUUUUUAAGGCUCAGGUUUUACAAAACCUACUGUCACCAUCAUCCUCCAACAGCCACAAUCGGAAUUGAGCCAAUUUUAUUUCCUUGAAAAAGAAGGGGACUGGGGCUCCGCUCUCAGUUUAAGGGGGCUGGUGGAGAGCUGCCCGAUAGAAAUCGAGGACAGCGGCUUCUCCUCCCAGUGUGACUCCUCAGGGGCCGAUGUGCUCUCAGUUUAGAUCAUACUUUCCUAAAGAGAGCAAAGUCGGUGAAUCCCCGCCACCCUGUAACUAGUCACGCAGCUUCCACACGAGGGCGUUGUCAGCUCGGGAUGGAAGCAGACCCAAGGAGCUACACGAAGGGCCCGCUGACCCCCUUCCCUCUGGCAGGAGAGCAAGGCGAGCAAGGGGCAGUCCGGAAGGCUCUCAGACCCGGGAGGAGGCGCGGGGGAGCUGACUGAGCCCUCCCCUUUCGCCAAGUCCAGCGCUGCUCUGCUGCUUGCCGCCCUCUAGCAGAGGGACAUUUGCAGAAUUGCAGGUUCUAUUCCCCCAGAUAAUAGGAGGAAAGGGACUUCGGGGGGUGGGGAAGGGGUAGUGGUGUUUUAAAAGCAUAAGUCACCUGUUUGCACUGUUUUAAGAUAGGAGAAAAAUAGUGGGCAAGGUGAGCAUCAAUGUAAAUUUGUGUGUUUUUAUUUUGUCAUGCUCUUGAAACUGUUGACCAUGUGUAGUAUACACCAGUGAAACUUGAUUCUCUGUUGCAUAAAACACUAUCUUUUGGAAAUGUUACUGUCCAGAAGCCUCCUCCCUCCCUUUCCCUUCUCCUCUCUACUUCCUUCAUCCUUGCUUUACUGAUCGGCCAGGCCAUAACCAUCCGCGAGCUGGACCCUUUCCAGGUGGGCUCUGGUCCUAAGCCAGUGUGCACCCUCUGGGUUAGUGAGUGCAGGAGAGUCCCCGGCACCUGUCUUUCCAGUCAGGCUUACAGACCAGACUGCAGCGAUUAGCAGGUUCCUCCAGCAGAUGCACUAGGGCCGAGGAGCCGAGGGCGGCGGGACUCCUCGAGCAUUGCCUUCGGCUGUGGCAGCUGAGUUCUCAUGCACGUUACCGGAACUGUAGCCAGCUACAGUUUACUCAGGAAAACGGUCGAUCACUUCAGCCAUGGUAGUGCUGGUUGGCAGGGCUUGGUAACUGAGAGAACUGCUCGUCAGCCGAAACUCCAACCUUGCCUUCAAGGAGGCUGCCAGCGAGGGAUUCGGCCCCUCCGUCUGGUUGUCACGUAUGUGCCGGUGUCGUGAGGGCCCAGCUCACACUGGCAAGGGAUCACGGAUUCUCUUUUCCUCCCACCCUGCCCCUGUUACCAACACCAGAUUCCCAGGGGGUACGUGAGUUUUUGAAUUUUUGAAAAAUGUUUUUUGGUUUGGCUUUUCUGGGGACUGAUAAGUGCUUUAAGCAAUGUCUGCACCCCAUCAAGACUCCCAGCUUAGUCAUUCUCCUCUAUUUUUCUGUUCACAGUAUUUUGGUGUGUGUGUGCUCGUUUUGGCAGCUCAUUUUGGCUGUAUUAUAUAUCGAGUGAUGAAUUGAUCCUCUUUUUCUCCCUACGGGAUAUGAAUUGUUUUUUUCUUGUGUUAUAAUUCUGCUUGUGACUAGCUGGAGCAAACCUGGGGCUGGCACACGUAAGCUAGGGCUGCAAAGGGCUAAGAGAACCAGUGGGGUUUACUUGUCCCUAACAGGCCGACCUACCUGAAUCUCUGAGCUUUUCAGUCCAAAUCUUUGCAAGGCUAAAAACGCCACAGAACCUCCUCUGCUCCCCACUCCCCGUGGCAGGGACUAAACCAUCCCUACAUGCAACGUGCGGUCUCUCCGGCCCCUCCCAUUGCCGUGGCAAACAGGUACCUUUGGGGCGUGGGGGCCUCACAUGGGAUGCUUGUAUAAUUGACCACCUCGCCUUUCCUACCCCCUCCCCUCCUCCCCAGAAUCGCUUCCUAGGACCCCCGAGCUGCUUGCCCAGGGUCCUGUUUCCCUGCAGACUCCAGAGAAGCACCCAGGGCUUUGUGACAGUCUCUCCUGCCCUCCCCUCCUCGUUAAGAAUCAUAUUGUAUAGUAGCUUUCAGACCAUACAGUAUUCAUUGGGUUACUCCUCUUAUUAUCAAGUAGCUGGAAUUGUGAAGGUCGGAGUAGUUAGAUCUUUAGCUUUUAUUCCUUAUUUUUUGUAUUACUAUCCAUGUGUAUAAAUUAUUGAUCAUGUUGCUGGCUUUUAUAAACUCUAAGCGAAGGAGGAGCUCUGCCUCUGCCUUUGCGAAUGGUAAUGAAGCACUGUUUUUAAAUAAAAGAGAGAAACACCA